AUGAGCGCAUCCUUGAAUUACAAGUCUUUUUCCAAAGAGCAGCAGACCAUGGAUAACUUGGAGAAGCAACUUAUCUGUCCCAUCUGUUUAGAGAUGUUCACGAAACCCGUGGUCAUUCUCCCCUGCCAGCAUAACCUGUGUAGGAAAUGUGCCAGUGACAUUUUCCAGGCCUCUAACCCGUACCUGCCCACAAGAGGAGGAAGCACUGUGGCCUCGGGGGGCCGGUUCCGUUGCCCAUCCUGCAGACACGAAGUGGUUUUGGACAGACAUGGGAUCUACGGGCUUCAGAGGAACCUGCUGGUGGAAAAUAUCAUUGACAUCUACAAGCAGGAGUCCACCAGACCAGAAAAGAAGUCCGACCAGCCCCUGUGUGAGGAGCACGAAGACGAGCGCAUCAACAUCUACUGUCUGAACUGCGAGGUGCCCACCUGCUCUCUGUGCAAGGUCUUUGGGGCGCACAAGGACUGCCAGGUGGCUCCCCUCACCCACGUGUUCCAGAGGCAGAAGUCUGAGCUCAGCGACGGCAUUGCUGUCCUUGUGGGAAGCAAUGAUCGGGUCCAGGGAGUGAUCAGCCAGCUGGAGGACGCUUGCAAAACGAUCGAGGAAUGCUGCAGAAAACAGAAACAGGAACUUUGUGAGAAGUUUGAUUACCUGUAUGGCAUCUUGGAGGAGAGGAAGAACGAAAUGACCCAAGUCAUCACCCGAACCCAAGAGGAGAAGCUGGAACAUGUCCGUGCUCUCAUCAAAAAGUAUUCUGACCAUUUGGAGAACGUGUCAAAGUUGGUUGAGUCAGGGAUACAGUUCAUGGAUGAGCCGGAAAUGGCAGUGUUUCUGCAGAAUGCCAAAACCCUGUUACAAAAAAUUUCUGAAGCAUCGAAGGCAUUUCAGAUGGAGAAAAUAGAACAUGGUUAUGAGAGCAUGAACCACUUUGCAGUCAACCUCAGUAGAGAAGAAAAAAUAAUACGCGAAAUUGAUUUUUACAGAGAAGAUGAAGAUGAAGAAGAAGGAGAGGGAGAGGGAGAAGAGGUAGUAGAAGUGGAAGAGGCGGAAAAUGUUCAAACAGAGUCAUCAGGAGGAGAUGAAAGUCCAGAGAAAGGCCUGGAGCCCUGUCCGCCCACCUCAGAGCUCCAGGCUGCCCCGGAGCCUCCCCCAGCCCUACCACCCGCUGCGGAUGCCCCGGUGACACAGGGGGAGGUUGUACCCACUGGCUCUCAGCAGACCACAGAGUCUGAAACUCCAGUCCCUGCAGCAACGGACACUGCGGAUCCCUUGUUUUACCCUAGUUGGUAUAAAGGCCAAACGCGGAAAACCACCACAAACCCACCUUCCACCCCAGGGAGCGAAGGUCUGGGGCUCGUAGGGCCUUCGGGUUCUGAGGCUCCGAGUGUGCGGAAGGCAGAAGGGGCCGACGCCGCAGCCAGUGAGAGGGCAGCAGGGAGCGGUAAGGAGACUAGCUCGCCUGCGGCUGCUUCUCAGACUGGAUUUGAGGACCCUCCCCUCCAGGGACAGGCUGCAGCUUCAGGGAGUGGGAAUGGAGCUGAUUCUCAGCCAGCUCGCCAUGUCUUCUCCUUUUCCUGGUUGAACUCCCUGAAUGAAUGA